CUGAAAUUUUUGCGAUCCUAGUGGGUCUAGAGUGCUGGGAAACAUGGCGAGUGCGGAGAAUGGAGAAGGGUGUAUGCAAGGCACCGAACAGGAGCCCGAACCGAGCGGACCGGGCAGGGGCGAUCACCGCUGGGGUCCGCAGCAUGCCGGGGCUCGGGAGUUAGCGAACUUAUAUUCCCCAGGAAAAAGGUGCCAGGAAUGGAUCAGUGUCGUUCUCUGCUUUUCUCUCAUGGCCUUUAACUUCUGCUACCUUAUUGCCAACUUCCACCUGGGUCACGCCUGGUACAUUCUGUUUGGCAUCGUGGCCGGGAUCCUGACGGCCGACUUCGCCUCAGGGCUGGUGCAUUGGGGAGCCGACACUUGGGGCUCAGUGGACCUGCCCGUUUUUGGAAAGGCUUUCAUCAGGCCGUUCAGGGAGCACCACAUCGACCCCACUGCUAUCACCCGGCACGACUUCAUCGAAACCAAUGGAGACAAUUGCAUGUUGACUAUUGUCCCGUUGGCCAACAUGGCCUACAAUUUCCUCACAAUGUCCCCUGUUGAUCUCUACCACAGUUACCCUUUGAAUUGCUACGUCUUCGCCCUGGCCAUCUUCGUCACACUGACCAACCAGAUCCACAAGUGGUCACACACGUAUAUGGGCCUGCCGUUCUGGGUCACCUUCCUGCAAGAGUGCCACAUUAUCUUGCCGCGCAAGCACCAUCGCAUCCACCACGUAUCGCCGCACGAGACCUACUUCUGCAUCACUACAGGCUGGCUGAACUAUCCCCUGGAGAAGCUGGGAUUCUGGCGUACCCUGGAAGACCUGAUCCAGAGUGUGACGGGAGAGAAGCCCAGGUCAGAUGACAUGAAGUGGGCUCAGAAAGUGAAGUAAUCUAGGCAUCUCCUGUGCGAUCCUACCUCGGAAUCACCUGCCUCCACCUCCCCUCACCGCCACCUUGCCACCCCCUCUGCUGCUUGCCCCUCUGCCCGCCACCCUCUCCAGACUUGGGCUUCACCAGCUGUGAUCCAAGUAGCGGCGGUGCAUUGAAAGUCCCGGCGUGAAGAAUUCUGUCUGUUCCCUUGGCUCUCCCAGAGCCUCCCAUCAUGACGGGACGUGUUCCGAAGCGGGAAGCGAGACGGGAGGAGGGGGUCCGCUUUGCUUGGACGAGGCGUCACAUUCGCCGAAAAGAACUUACCCCUUAAUCUGUUUUGCUUUGGAUAUCGGUCUCCUCUCUCCUUCCCUGUCCAAUUUCCUGAGCUGGUACUAGUGUCCAAUGAGAAGAAAAGUAGCCAUGACCCGGGAGUGGUAGCCAAACAUGGAUCGUCUUCUGCCUACUGUACGACUGCAAGGUCAACUUAACAUCUAUACUUUAUAGAAAAAAAUACACACAAAAACGAUACUUGAAGAACAAAUACACGCCUUUCAAAGUAAUCCCAGAGCUGCUUUAUUUUUAUUUUUUAAAUCAUCAUACUGUUAUUGUUUUUUUUUUUGUUUUUUUUUUGAAGAGAAUACGAAAAUUAACAUCCAAAAGACUGGCUGUGACCUCAGCUGCCUCACUCCUCUCUCAUCAGUGUCACUUGCGAUGUUUCUCCGAUCUGAGUCCCCCCCCCCUCCCCCCCCCCCCCAUCCGACACACCUCGGGAGUUCCUGGACAGGGAGCCAGGCACCGUCUCGACGCUUGAGGCUCUUUGGAAGGAGCCUUGCGCUUCGCAGAUGAUGUGUUCUGUCCCCUGUGUCUUCGCAUAGAAGGAAUGCCUUUCCUUACCAACACCAGGCUCCCUGGGAUUCCUGCCCAGUUCACUUUGGGACCAGGGGGCGCUGGCCUUAUUUCUGCUGCCCCAUUUUUUUUUGCUCCCCCAAUAUAAUCCUUAUUAAAGUGUUUUGGCCACAUGGCUCUGUCUACUUCUAGUCCUGUCUGUCUGCCCUUAAGGCUCACGGUGGAUCUCCAGCUGUUCCUCUGAAUUUGGUGGUGCUCUAAAACCCAGCAAGGGGGUGCUGUCCUGGCCCAAGUCAUGUGCUCUGUGCCGGAUUUAUGGGGUGGCCUCGGACUGGCUAGCUGUCUGUCUUUGGGGUCUGUGGAAUGUCUGUGGAAUGUCUAAACUUAUGUAAUGAGUAAAUGAACAUCUGUUAGGAUAGGUAGCUAGGUUUUAAAUUGUGAUAGAAAGGAAUAUUGUGUUUUAUUGUUAAAAUGCGGCAUAAUUUGAAACACAGCAACCUUAAGACAUGCAUAAACAUACAGAAGUUAAGGAAAAUUACAUGUAAUAUACAUGGAAACAUGCAAACCCCAACCCGACUUGGCUAAACACCCAGGCUGAUGCUCGCCAUCACAAACCUUCCCAUUAGGAAAAAAUCCCUGUUUGGGACCCAAACGUUACAAAUAAAUGAAGGAAGUGAUUAAUUUUUUUUUUUUGAGUGUGUCUGUGUGUGCAUUUGUUAGUAUGUUUGUAAUGUCAUUUGUUUUUCCCAAAACUCAAUAAUGGGAUAAAGAUAUUAGGUAAUAAAGAAAGUUAAACUUUGUUCUCGACCCAAUGCUAAAGACUGUAAAUUAAGCUGCAUGGGUCCUUAUUAUUAUUAUUACAUGAAAAAUGUAACUAAUAUGUUUUUUUUAUUAAUAAGAUGUACAUAGCUUAGCUAUUGUACCGUUAGCCAUAUUUAGGAGGUAGAGCCCUCAUUAGUUGAAUGAGUAAUGGCUGUUUGACUGAUGGAUGCUUUUGUGUGACCAAAGCUCCAGAAUGACCUGAAUUGGACUCACGCUCCCCAAUACUGCCAACACACUUGGUCAGCAGUUGAGACCAAUGUAGAGGUGCCAGUUUAUUAGCCAAUAGAUGUUUCUCCUGCUAGUUUGUUGGCCAAAAUAAGGUGUUUGAUACAAUGUGUUGGGCAUUCCUGAUUGGCUUCAGAUGCGUUCGGCGUAAGCUUUCUGGGAAAAGUCAAAUCAGGGUCCCGUUUUUAUUGAAAAUGUCGAAAAGCGUGUAGAUUCUUGGGUUUGUGUAGGAGUCGGCACUGAGACGAAGGAUGCUUUCUGACAAAUAAAUUGAGCAGUGCAAGUAUUACCAGCCAAGCCCCACUGCUGUACAGAGAUGGAGCAUUAGUGUUUCUCCUCAAAGGGCAAGUAAAAGCUGAAACGUCGUACCAUGCUUCUCGCAGGCGUGCUGUCGGGUAAUCGCUUGCAUUAGCUAGGAAGUAGGUCCGGCUUUGUGGAUAAAAUUCAAAUCUUUGCACUUACCAAAGAAACCAGUGGCUACAAUCUUGUUAGGUUUUAUAUGCUUCCCUCACCAUUAAUGCAUUCAGGUCAAAUGGGAUAUUAAUAGUUUCCCCGGAUACUGGAAUGUAAAUAAUUGCUCUGUAGUUUUGUGUUUUCUUUUGAAUUGCCCAUAUUUUAGAAAACUUAAAUCCAACUGAUGUUUAAAAUAAUGUGUCUUGAAUUGGGAAGCACAUAACUUUUUCCAUAUUAGUGGGAAUUUGCCUAAAUGUUUUAAUUUAGUCUAGGAUAGCUCUCCCACUGAGUGUUAAGCCAACACCACAAAUCGAGGGUGCUAAGAUGUGCCAUGGGAAGGACUUUGAACAACACAUUUUCUGAAUCAAGAUUGGAUUUGUUUUAUCACUCCAGGCUUCUGCCAUUUAUAUUUUUAACUGUUACAUACUUCUCAAAGCCAAGACUGUAUCUGACAGCACAAAAUGCGGACAUAGAUCGUGAUGUUUAACCAGAGCAAACUUAUUGUAACAGUAACCAUCUGUAGGUUGGUCAUCUCUUUGAUUGUUAUGAGUGUACGGUUGUGGUGGGACAGUUGGUCUAACUUAUAUGUGUUGCUCUAAUAAGACUGAAGCAGUGAAAGUCCCUUACCGUUGUCCCGCCUUACUGAUUGGUCCCUGGACAGCUCUCCGCUAACAUUCUAAGCAAGUCCUGACUGCUUAGGUGUAUCCUCUGCUGAGCUGAAGCUGCGGGCAUUGAUAGAUCAUACCGAUCACAGCGAUCUCCAUACCGCAAUGUUUGCUGCUGACGAAUAGCAGACGCAUGCUUCCUUAGCUGGUGCCAUCUGUGCUGGUUGAUCUGCCGACACGAGGGAACUGUACAGUUACUCGCCACGGCUCGCUCGAUUUUAAUAUUAUAGGCUCAUCGUGGCAGAAAUUUGUCUAAAUGUGGAUGUUUGAUCACUCCAAAUACAUGGAAAGAGUCAACUUAGGCUACAGAGCUGGUACUUGAUGUGGGGGAGGAAGGAAGAGUGAUGACUGACCGUGGAAGUAUGUUUGUUUUUGAAGGUCUUUGAAGGUAAAUCUUAUGGAAUGAGAUUAUGUUUUCAGUAUUUACUGCAAACAUAUAUAUAUAUAUAUAUAAUAUAUAUAAUAUAGUGUAAUCAAUAUAACUCCCUGAUCACUGAUCUUUUGAUGGUAAGACCUUUAUUUGGUCGUAUAUGAUUGGGUGUGAUUGCAGUGGUUUUCACUAUGAAUGUAUAUUUCAGAGUGAAUUAAUAAAAAUAACAGAAUCACAAGGAAGAAAUGUACCUCACAACCUAAUCUUUGAAAUAUAACAUUAACCUUUUGGGUAAUUUUUUUUGUUUUUAAAAUAUUAUUCUCAUAAUUAAUUUGAAAACGUUACAGGCUGAAAUUUUACCUUGGGAUUAUUUGAAAUGCGUGGACUCUUCCACUGGAUAUAAAGCAUUUCUGCAGGAGUGUUUGUGGGGUUUUUGGUGACGUGUGCAGCGAUGGCUAAAUAUUGUAAAUAUCAGAAAUAAUACCUUGAUGCCUUUUCGUUUUCUUACAGUUGGGAGACUGUAAUGUUACAAUGUACAUAAUAUAUUUAUAAGGAAACUAAAUAAACAACUUGCAUACUA